AUGAAAUUCGCCAAAACCUUUCAAAAAGUUCUUGCAGAGGAGACGCUUCCGGACGAAUGGAUGGAAAAGGCCAUCCGAUACAAGUCUCUCAAGAAGAUUAUCAACAAAACCGUUUCAGAAUUGGAAUCUGUUGGUGUCAGUCGUAAUGAUAUGACUAUCAACUAUGAGAUUUCUAAGCUUAAACGUCGUAUAAGGCCUGUUCUUACUAUGAAUGUUUCACCGUUAUCUGAGGCUCUUAUCGUUGAUAAGUUGGACACUUUGGGUUAUAACUAUGAGAUUAAGCCUUUGAAAUCUCAAUCACAAUCUGAACCCGAAUCUGACGACCAUGAAAGUGGAACUACAGAGUUGGAGACUCCCGAAAACUCUUCCUACAGUACAUUGCAAAAAUUCAGCGACAAGCUUCAAGUUCAAUUACCAGAACCUACUAUGGACGAUAGAGCGUCUGUAGAGUCUUCUAUAGAGGCCUCUGCUGUCUCCUUUCUCAAAACUCCUAUUUCCACUACUACAGCCCCAUCAUCGGCCAGUAUAGUCACGGCUGUUAAUCCAUUUGAUGAUGAGCCUUUCUAUCAGAUUACCGUGUCUCUACAUGAAGAUGCUAAGUUCUUUCAGAUGUUGUACGAAGAAAUUGAAGCAUUGAACGAUUUCAGUGACGAGCGAGAGAAUGAAAUAACUGACUGGGUAGAGAAAAUCGCCGAUAUCGUUGCCAAAGUGUCUUCCCCAGAGGUGAGGAAAAAUGAUCUCUAUACCUGGAGAAAGAUAUUCCAGAUCUAUAUGGACUCUCAGAUAUUUUUCAGUACCAUCGAACAGUCUGCCGGUGUUUUGAGUAACGCUACAUCCAAAAUACGCUACGGAAAGUUCCUUGAGAAAAUUGAGAAGGAGAAGUUGGUUCAGCAUUUCAAGCUGAAGGAAUCUCUUGAUGGCUUUAUGGAGUUCAAGGCUUUGAACGAGUCCAUUUUGAAAGUAUCCAACUUUCAGGCUUUGAAUAUUAUGGCCAUUUCAAAGAUCUUGAAGAAGUUUGACAAGAGAACGCAUUUCAAGUCCAAAGAAUUGUUCCCUUUGCUGAUUCAAAAAUCUGAACAAAUAGAUAUCCUCCAGAACUCUAUGGGUAGAGAUAUCGGUUCUAUUAUGACCAACAGAUUACUUAAUAUUAUUCCUCAGGUGGACGACUAUCUGUGUCCUAUAUGCUGCUCUGUCGCUUAUAAGCCUAUAAGACUCGAUUGUGGUCACCUUUUCUGUGUCAGGUGUCUUGUCAAAUUACAAAGAAAAACAGAAGAUAGAUGUCCUCUGUGUAGACAACCGGUGGUUAUGAAGGCGGACCAGAGAAAUUUGGAUCUGUCUCAAAUGGCUUAUCUCAAAAUGUAUUUUCCCAAGGAGGUGAAGAAGAAGCAGGCGGAAAACGAAAAGGAGAUCUUCAAAGAGCAGUAUGGCCAUGUGGUCGAUCCCGAUGCAAAGGCAUGUAUAAUCAUGUAA